UAAAAGGGUGCCAAGAAGCUGGGACGAGGGAACGUGGGUGUAAAUAGACAGUGAACGCUCUUGGUCUCUCUCCCUCUCUCUCUCUCUCUCUUCUCUCUUUCCCUCCCCUUUUCCAUCUCUCUUUUUCUCUGUCUCUCUUUUAUGAAAUCAAUGAACGAGUUAUUGGGUAGGACAUAAAUAUAAGGAAUCAAAGCCUCCACCGGGACCAACGGCUCUGCAUGCGCGCUUUUGAUAUGCGUCCUCGCCAAACGCUACAUGUGUUUUCACAUCAAUGUAAAUAUUGGCUUUGAUAGGACGAGAGCGGAAUCAGCUCUGGCACGACUUGGUCUCGGAACCAAAUUUUGACCAAGACUUGCACCAGCUUCCUUUAUUUUUUAUUUUUUAAAACAACACACCGAUUCUCCAUCAUCACCAUCAUCUGCUGCCGUUCUUACCCAUCCCAACUCACUGGCCGGUGCGAAGAUGGCAACUUUAACCAACGGGCAGGUGGACGCCACGGUGCACGGUGUCGGUGUGGUCUCCGCCAGCACGAACGGGCUCGUGAACGGAUUAAGCCACAGCCACAGUCCGGCGGGCUGUCCGGCCACCAUCCCCAUGAAGGACCACGAUGCCAUCAAACUCUUCAUUGGUCAGAUCCCGCGCAACCUGGACGAGAAGGACCUCCGGCCCCUCUUCGAGGAGUUCGGCAAGAUCUACGAGCUCACCGUGCUCAAGGACCGAUUCACGGGCAUGCACAAAGGCUGUGCCUUCCUUACCUACUGUGCCAGAGAGUCGGCCCUGAAAGCCCAGAAUGCAUUGCAUGAGCAGAAGACCCUGCCAGGGAUGAACAGACCGAUCCAGGUGAAGCCAGCAGACAGUGAGAGCCGAGGAGAAGACAGAAAGCUCUUCGUGGGUAUGCUCAACAAGCAACAGUCAGAAGACGAUGUGCGGCGCCUUUUUGAGGCCUUCGGCAGCAUCGAGGAAUGCACCAUCCUCAGAGGGCCUGACGGAAACAGCAAAGGUUGUGCAUUUGUAAAAUACUCCUCUCACGCUGAAGCUCAGGCAGCCAUCAGUGCACUACACGGCAGCCAGACAAUGCCUGUGGUUGGAUGUGUGGGUGCACAGGGAGCCUCCUCCAGUCUGGUGGUCAAGUUUGCCGACACGGAUAAGGAGCGCACCAUCCGUCGCAUGCAGCAGAUGGCCGGUCAGAUGGGCAUCUUCAACCCCAUGGCCCUGCAGUUUGGAGCCUACGGAGCCUACGCUCAGGUGCAGCAGCAGGCAGCAUUGAUGGCAUCUGUCGGCCAGGGAGGCUACCUCAGUCCAAUGGCAGCCUUCGCUGCCGCCCAGAUGCAGCACAUGGCGACUAUCAAUGGCCUCCCAGGAGCACCACUGACCCCCACGUCAGGUGGCAGUACACCUCCAGGCAUCAGCGCCCCCACAGUGACCAGCAUUCCCUCCCCCAUUAGUGUAAAUGGUUUUACUGGCAUGCCGCCCCCCCAGGCAAAUGGGCAGCCGCCUGCAGAGGCUGUCUUCACUAACGGAAUACACCAUUACCCUGUGUUACAGGAGGUGGUUUUUAGGGAGGACUCGGAGAAAAACGGCUUGGGCGUGGCUCCGCGAAGUUGUUUUGGGGUUCAGGGUGGCUGCUUCCUCUCCUCUCUCUCUGAAGCUCAAAGUCCCACUGCAGCUGAUCCUCUCCAGCAGGCUUACACAGGAGUCCAGCAGUAUGCAGCAGCCUACCCCGCUGCAUAUGGCCAGAUCAGCCAGGCCUUCCCCCACCCUCCACCCAUCAUUCCACAGCAGCAGCGAGAAGGACCAGAGGGUUGUAACCUGUUCAUCUACCACCUCCCUCAGGAGUUUGGGGAUGGAGAGCUGAUGCAGAUGUUCCUACCUUUCGGUAAUGUCAUCUCCUCCAAAGUGUUUGUGGAUCGGGCGACAAACCAAAGUAAAUGCUUUGGGUUUGUGAGCUUCGACAACCCAGGUAGUGCCCAAGCUGCCAUACAGUCCAUGAACGGCUUCCAGAUUGGAAUGAAACGCCUCAAGGUGCAGCUGAAGAGGCCAAAGGAUGCCAACCGCCCCUACUAGCCCCCGCCCCAGCCAGCCGCCGCCAACCUGGUGGCCGGGGCAGCCAUCGCACACAGGGAA